CUCUUUCUGCAGAUGAUCUUCGUAUAGCUGAGACAUCUGGUUUCAUUGCUGCGAAACUAAGAGAGUUUCAUAUGCUUGAUAUGCCUGGUCCUAAGAACAUUAUCCUCUGGGAAAGACUUAGGACUUGGCUUAAGGAGGCUAAGAACUUGGCUUCGCCAAUAGAGAUGGAUGAGUUAAGGUUGGAAGCUUUGGAAGGUGAAAUCAAUUUGUUGGAGGAGAGACUGACUAUGGAUGAUCAAGAGAUUGGUUUCUGUCACAAUGAUCUUCAGUACGGUAACAUCAUGAUUGAUGAAGAGACCAACGCUAUUACCAUCAUAGACUAUGAGUAUUCGAGUUUCAACCCAAUUGCUUAUGACAUUGCAAACCACUUUUGUGAAAUGGCUGCUAAUUAUCAUUCAGACACUCCUCAUGUUCUGGACUACACUCUAUAUCCAGGAGAAGAAGAACGGAGAAGGUUCAUUAGCACAUACCUUGGCUCUACAGGGAAUGCAACAAGUGAGAAAGAAGUGGAUAGAUUGCUGAAUGAUGCAGAGAGCUACACUUUAGCAAACCAUAUCUUCUGGGGCUUAUGGGGAAUCAUCUCGGGACAUGUGAACAAGAUUGAGUUCGAUUAUACGGAAUAUGCAAGGCAGAGAUUUAAGCAGUACUGGCUUAGAAAGCCUUUGCUUCUGGGUUUACAUUAAAAGGAUGAAGAACAAGACUUGCAUUGAAGCCGAUAUACAUUGAAUUCCUAAAAAGGUUAAUGCAAAAAGAUAAAAGGGAAAAAACCAAAAAAACUAGGAGACUAUCUAUAUUUCAAUUCUUACUUUCAUCUAUAGUUCAUGUUUUAUUCUUUCCUUGUAUAUAUAGAGAGGUUUGUAAACUUUCAAAACAGUAAAUUGAAUAAAACUUGUUCUAAAUGAA